GACGUCUCCUUGACCCGGACCCGAUGCACUGUGCUAAACAUCCGGGCGAAGUGCGCCUUAGUAGGGGAAGAUGGCGACGUUGAUCCUCCCUACUGAUUGGAUCAAAAAUUGGGAAAAAUCGGGAAAAAAUGAGUUUUUGCAGCUGUGUCAAGACCUGGCUGGAAAGCCAGAAGAUGACGAUAAAGAGCUCCAGACAGCUUUGUACGAGCUCUCCUUGCACGUUGUCCAGGGCACGCUCAAGGUCGACGUGGCCGCCAGUAUUCUUGGGGAAGUCAUGGAAUUGCGAGAUGAUAUGGCCUCCAUUUUAGCAGAUGUCUUCGGUGUAUUAGACAUUGAGACGAGCUGCACGGAGGAGAAGCACAAGCGAGAAAAUUUCACCUCGCUGGUGGGCGCCUGUCUGUUUUGUGUGCCUGACGCGAUCCUUAAAGAGCGGCUGGAUCCUGAGACACUGGAGUCCCUUGGCCUAAUCAAACAGGCCCAGCAGUUCAACCAGAAGAUUGUCAAAAUCAAGACCAAGCUAUUCUACAAACAGCAGAAGUUUAAUUUGUUGCGGGAGGAGAACGAAGGCUACGCCAAGCUGAUCACGGAGCUGGGCCAGGACCUGUCGGGCAACAUCACCAGCCACCUCGUCCUGGAGAACAUCAAGUCUUUAAUAGGAUGCUUCAAUCUGGACCCCAACCGCGUGCUGGACAUCAUCCUGGAGGUGUACGAGUGCCGCUCGGACCAGGACGAGUUCUUCGUGGCGCUCAUCAAGUCCUACAUGUGCGAGCACCAGACCCUCUGCCACAUCCUCGGCUUCAAGUUCAAGUUCCACCAGGAACCUAAUGGGGAGACGCCCUCCUCCCUCUACCAUGUUGCUGCUGCUCUUCUCCAACACAACCUCAUCGCCCUGGAGGAUCUCUAUGUGCACUUGGUGCCACUGGACUCCAGCAUCGUGGAGGAGCACAAGCGCGAGAUCCUGGAGGCCAAGCAGAUCGCCCGUAAGCUCACCAUGGUGGUGCUGCCGUCGGAGAAGAACGACGACAAGGAGAAGGAGAAGGACAAAGAGGAGGAGAAGAACGAGAAGCCGCCCAACAAUCAGAAGCUGGGGCUGCUGGAGGCGUUGCUGAGGAUCGGCGACUGGCAGCAUGCGCAGAGCAUCAUGGAGCAGAUGCCCGCCUUCUACGCCACGUCGCACCGCGCCAUCGCCCUCGCCCUGUGCCAGCUGCUCCAUAUCCUCAUCGAGCCGCUCUAUCGCAGGGCUGCGGUCCCCAAAGGUGCCAAAGGACGUCAGCUGAAGCCCCUGCAGAACAGCCAGGCUCCGCGGCCCGUGGAGACCUUCGAGGGGCUGUCCCGUGACGUCAUCACCAUGCUGGGCUACCUCGGCCCGCACCUCUCCCACGACGCCGUCCUCUUCGCCAAGAUCGUCCGCCUGGGCAAGAGCUUUAUGAAGGAGUAUCAGACGGUAGACAGCAGACCAGAUUCCAAGGAGGAGAUGGACUCUAUGUUGAGUUGUUUCCUCAGCAUCUCUGACCAGGUCCUGCUGCCCUCUCUGACCCUCAUGGACUGCAACGCCUGCAUGUCUGAGGAGCUCUGGGGCUUCUUCAAGCUCUUCCCAUACCAGCACAGGUACCGGUUGUACGGCCAGUGGAAGAACGAGACGUAUGGCAGCCACCCUCUGCUGGUGAAGGUGAAGGCCCAGACGGUGGACCGGGCCAAGUACAUCAUGAAACGCUUAACGAAGGAGAAUGUGAAGCCGUCUGGGAGGCAGAUUGGCAAACUGAGCCACAGUAACCCCACCAUCCUCUUUGAUUAUAUCCUGUCACAGAUUCAGUGGUACGACAACCUCAUCACGCCGGUGGUGGACUCCCUCAAGUACCUCACCUCACUCAACUACGACGUGCUAGCCUACUGCAUUAUCGAAGCGCUGGCCAAUCCGGAGAAAGAGAAGAUGAAACACGACGACACAACCAUCUCAUCCUGGCUUCAAAGUCUGGCCAGUCUCUGCGGAGCAGUAUUCAGGAAGUACCCCAUCGAACUCGCUGGCCUUUUGCAAUAUGUCACCAACCAGCUCAAGGCAGGGAAGAGUUUCGACCUGUUGAUCUUGAAGGAGGUGGUUCAGAAGAUGGCAGGGAUCGAGAUCACAGAUGAGAUGACUCAGGAGCAACUGGAAGCCAUGACUGGAGGAGAGCAGCUCAAAGCUGAGGGCGGGUACUUUGGUCAGAUCCGGAACACGAAGAAGUCGUCCCAGCGCCUGAAGGACGCACUACUGGAGCAUGAGCUGGCACUGCCCCUGUGCCUGCUGAUGGCGCAGCAGCGCAACGGCGUGGUCUUCUCCGAGGGCGGCGAGAAGCACCUCAAGCUGGUGGGCAAGCUCUACGACCAGGUGAGCAGGCCGCAGGGAGACCAGCAGGUAGUGGGGGGGUGGUGUGUGGUGGGCAAGCUCUACGACCAGGAGUGCGGGAACUACCCGGGCUUCGUCACCAUCUUCCGCGCCAGCGGCUUCGACGGCGGGAACAAGGCCGACCAGCUGGACUACGAGAACUUCCGCCACGUCGUCCACAAGUGGCACUACAAGCUCACCAAAGCGUCUGUGCACUGUCUGGAGACGGGCGAGUACACGCACAUCCGCAACAUCCUCAUCGUGCUGACCAAGAUCCUGCCCUUCUACCCCAAAGUGCUGAACCUGGGCCAAGCGCUGGAGUGCCGCGUGCUCAAGAUCUGCCAGGAGGAGAAGGAGAAGAGGCCCGACCUCUAUGCCUUAGCCAUGGGUUACUCAGGCCAGUUGAAAGGCAGGAAGGUGCACAUGGUGCCCGAGAACGAGUUCCACCACAAGGAGGCUCCGCCGGCCACGCGCAGCACCACCCCCGCCAGCCUGCAGAACGGCCCCGCCAGCUCCGCCAAGCCGCCCGCCGCCACCUCCGCCACGGGCAAGGCCGACGAGGGCAACGGAGACGACGCGGAGAAAUCGAAGGACAAGUCUCAGACGGCUAAGACGGGCAGUAAGAGCACCAGCGCAGCCCUCAAAGCCAGCAGCAGCAGCAACGGCAGCAGUACCCCAAACAGCACCAAAUCCAGCAAGGAGAAGGAGGAGAAGGGCAGCAAGGACAAGAAGGAGAAGAAGGACAAAGCCCCGGGCAGCACCCCCGAGUCCAAAGCCGGCGGCAAGGACAAGCAGCAGCCCAAGGACGAGCGCUCGACCCGGGACAGCAGCGGCGGCGGAGAGAAGGGCCAGGACGGCCGCGAGAAGACGCCCAAGUCCGAGAGGGACAAGCGGAGCAAGGAGGAGAAGCUGCAGAAGGAGGAGAAGAGCAAAGACGUCGGCGGCGGCAAAGAGGAGCGCGACGCCAAGGAGAGCAAGAGCCGGGACGGCGGCAGCGGCAGCAGCAAGGGGGACAAGAGCGGUGCCGGCAGCCAACUCAAGUCCCCUGUCCCCCGCUCCGACGGAGCCGACUCUGAGCGGGAGCUAAAGAGACGAAAGCUUGACACCCACUCUUCGCCAUCCCACUCCUCCACUGUUAAGGACAGUCUCAACGACUUCAAGGAGUCCGCCUCAAAGCAUUAUGGAAACCACAACACAUCCGCUUUGUCCAAAAGCAAAGAGAGGGAGGUGGAGAAGAAAGAGUGUGAGAAGGCCCGGGACCGCUCCAAAGAGAGGGAGAAGAGGGAGGACCGGAAGGAACGCAAGCGAGACCACUCCAACAACGAGCGUGAGAUGAGCCAGGAGAUGAAGCGCCGCAAAGAUGAAAAUGGAACGAACUCCUCCAAGCACAGCAAGAGCGCCAGCCCCUCCGACUCGCCCCGCUCGGCCGACAAGGACAAGAGCAAGAGCUCCAAGUCCAACAGCAAGGAGAAGAGCGACCUGGCCAAAGCUGAGAAGACCUCAGGGGGAAAAAAGGAAUCCAGACACGACAAGGAGAAGUCUGAGAAGAAAGAGAAGCGAGAAAGCACCGGCGCAAAAGAAGACAAAAAACAUCAUAAGUCCUCUGAGAAGCACAGAUAAUGUGUUCCUGUGUGGUGGGGGGUCGAGGCUUCUCACUUUUCAGAAUUCCUUCCUUUGGCCUGCGACACCAUUGGAGUAGCUUUGGUCUCCAGGGAGUUUUUUUUUUCUCCUCCCCACCAUGUGGCAGUCUUACUGCUUUUCCCCGUCAUCGUAUGAGAGGAUUUCUGUGCAUACACACACACACGCGCACACAUGCACACACACACACAGAGCCACCCUUUGCCUGCAUUAAGUACUCAUAGUGUUGCCUAGACAAAAGUCGUAGUUCGUAUUUUAACCAGCGUUCUCCUUGUGUAUUUUCAGUAACUUGCUGAAAGGUCAAUUCUUUUAAAUAUUAGCACAAUGUGCUGCUGAUGUCAUACAUGGGUGUACUCUUGAGUAUGUGGUGUUGCUUUCCAGACAUGCCUGCAUUUGUAUCAUUUCCUCCUCACCAUGUUAUUGUUUUAUAUUAUGGUGCAAUUUAAACAAGUCAACAUGUCAACUCAGUUUGGAUUUUAUUUAUUUUUUUCUUUUAUAUUUUAGCUGUGAGUGGGAAGUUAAGGCACCGGUGUUUGAGACAGUACCAAUGGUUUAUUUGUAUAUUAUGUGUACAUAAAUAAAAUGGUUACAUGUUAUGAGCCAUCACUGUUACUUUAAUUUGUCACUUGCUUCAAUUCUUUUUUUCUUUUUUUUCAAAUCAAGUUUUUAAAAGAUUUGUACAAAAAUGGCAACAUGGAUUUCACACAAACAGAUUAUAAAUUAGGAGGCAUCUGAACUACUUUUUGGAGUUUUUAAUCUGCUGUAUUCAAGUGUAUGCUUUUUUCUAAAUAAAGAUAGUUUUCAUAGUGGAA